CGAGGGGUAAAAGAAACCUAAGGCGUUUUACGAUAGCUUUUACUUUCGAAGCACAGAAAUUCAAUAGCGCGAAACGAACGCCUGUCAAUUCUUUUUUUUUCACUUACUGCUCGCGAGCUGUAGUCACGCGCUCUUGAUCGACGACAGAAAAGCCGCAGUUGAUCGAUCCGCUUUAUAGGCCUCCUGCUUCUCUCUCCCUGUAUCUCUCUCUUUCUCUCUCACUAAUCAUUCCGGUAGCGACGACAAUACCGGAAAUUAAUAUUCGAAUACGUAGGUCAGUCUGCACGUGAUGAAUCUGGUUGGCAGCUAGCUGAAAAUAGCGAGCGCGAAGCCACGGGAAUUCCGGUGGCAGGAUAUACGUUAGGAGGAAAAUGUGAGAACGGAAGUGGACAGAGGAAAGCAGAAGAGAGGAUGUCGUCGACGGCGGUGAGGCAUAUAUAAAGCAGUGACUACAUCCUUCAAGACAUCGUUGAAUUCUAUGAAGGAUUCGAGUGCGCACGGAAGCAAUCCAGGCAAUCAUGAGACUGCUGUUCGCCAUCUUCACCAUUUUCAUUGUGCUGGCUUGCGUCUCAGCUAACGCGCUGCCGGCCCUCUACGAUGGCCCAACUUACGAACUGACUACCAUCGAUGAUCCGACGUACGAUGAGACGGCAUCAGACCUGACACCCAUUCGACAGCGGCGUGUGACCUGCGACCUUCUGUCCUGGCAGUCCAAGUGGCUGAGCAUCAAUCACAGUGCGUGCGCGGCCAAGUGUCUGGCACAGCGUCGCAGGGGUGGCCGGUGUCGCGACGGUAUCUGCAUCUGCAGGAAUUAGACAUCGUCCUCUUGCCCAAUAUUCUUUGACGGCCAAUGCACAUCCCACGGAUCCCGUACUCAUUGCUGUCCACCUGUGUCUCUCACGGUAUUAACUACAUUGGUUAACGUCAUCGUUGUUGUCGUAGCCGCAUCGUCAUCCGGAUUAAUAUUCAUGAGGGAUCCCGCUGGAACAUCGUUUAAUUGUCGAUCGAUCGGUCCGACCUCAAUUGCGAUAUCUGUCCCUCAGCGUAAAUUUCAGCAAAAAUUCAUGCCAUCAUUAUUAACGGCAAUUAUUUAAAACCGUUUUCGUUGCACCGGUGCGUGAUUUCGUAAUAAAAGCUUUUGCACCCGCAUCAAAAAUCGACGAUUUUUCGAAAAAGUUACUGUUGGCGUCGCUAAUGGAAAUCAGUUAAAUCGUUUGGCAAUAAAUGGUAUUGAAAUUUGGAAAAUUUGAAUAAAACAUUUUCCGAUUUAUGUCAAUUGCUUCCAUAUGGAGAACAUGUAAAUUCUCAGCUGAACCAAACGUAGUUCCGUGAACAUUAUUUUCAUACGUUACGCAUGUAACGAUUAAUACUGAAUAGUCAUAGCAUUUAUUCAUUUAUGAUGUACUCACGAUUUAAUCCAAUUUGGGUUGGAAUAGUUAUCGACAUAUACACGGUCUUUCAAGUACAUUUUUAUGAAUAUAACUCAUCUUUAUGCAAUUAUACGUCACUCAUAU